CGGUCUGAAUAAAAGAACUGUCGGAAAAUUAACAAAGAACAGAGAGACAAAAAAAAUAUGAUAAGCCUUAGAUUUCAACCAAGCACCGCCGGUGUUCUAUCGGCGCCGGUCGGCCGCGCAGGGCUUAUCAAGGGAUUCGGUUUGACCAAACCGAGAAGAACCGUCCGGUUAGGAACAGUGGCUAUGGCGGCUGCUCCUCUCGAAAUCUGCGUCAAAGCUUCCAUCACCACACCCAACAAGCUCGGAGACUGCCCUUUUUGCCAAAGGGUGUUGCUGACCAUGGAGGAGAAGCAUGUACCUUAUGACAUGAAAAUGGUGGAUUUGAGUAACAAGCCAGAGUGGUUCUUGAAAAUUAAUGCAGAAGGAAAAGUCCCGGUGGUGAAGUUUGAUGAGAAAUGGGUUCCGGAUUCUGAUGUCAUAACACAUGCUUUGGAAGACAAGUACCCUGAGCCUCCUCUAGCAACCCCACCCGAAAAGGCUUCAGUUGGGUCGAAGAUCUUCUCCACGUUUAUCGGUUUUCUGAAGAGCAAAGAUCCAAAAGAUGGAACUGAGCAAGUUUUACUGGAUGAGCUUAGUACAUUCAACGAUUAUCUCAAAGAAAAUGGACCUUACAUAAACGGAGAGAAGAUCUCAGCAGCGGAUUUGUCCUUGGCACCAAAGUUAUACCACAUGAAGAUUGCACUUGGACAUUUCAAGAACUGGUCUGUUCCAGAUUCACUUCCUUUCCUUAAAUCCUACAUGGAGAAUGUGUUCUCGAGGGAAUCAUUCAAGAAUACAGAGGCGCAAACAGAGGAUGUGAUUGCUGGUUGGAGACCAAAGGUGAUGGGCUAAAGAGCAAAAGGUUUAGAUGUUGGCCUCAUCGCUCAAGUCAAGGCAUCGAUCAUCUUUUCUCUUGCUUUCUUUUAGUACAAUGUAAAAACAUAAUAAUAAUCAAAUCUUCUUCAAAUGUUGUUAACAAUAUAAGUAUGUGCCGAGGCAGAGCAAUUAACACAGACUAUACAGUGAAUGAAAACUAUAUUGAAACU